CCGGCUAGGGGGGAAGCUGUUUACCAGGAGAGAGCAGCCCAGGCGAGCCUCGGACCGACCCGCAGCCAGCCGGCGGGCCAGGGAACCGGGCAGCGAGCGGCCAAGCGCUUGGCCGAGGCAACCUCAGGACCGGCGGCCGGGGCGCCCAGCCUACCCGAGGAUGCGCCCCGGGAUGCAGCUGCCCCUGCCCUGGGGGCCCGCGCUGCUCUUGGGCACCGCGCUCCUGGGCGCAGCCUCGGGCUCUCGGGGAGGCUGCUUCUGGGACCAGGGACGUCUGUACCAGGCAGACCAGAGAUUCUCUGCAGAGGGACUGCUUUGCCUCAAUUGGCAGGAAGUGCAAAGCCAGGGGACAGAGACUCUUGCCACUGUAGCGGCCCCGGCCCGGAGAACCACAGCGGAGAACCACAGCUUCUGCCGGAACCCUGACUCAGACGCGGCGGGGCCCUGGUGCUACGUGAGCGGCUCCUCGGGAGCCCCCGAGAAGCGGCGCUGCGAACCCGUCCCAUGCUCAGGGACCCCUACUCAGGAAGCGUCGCCCCUCACCACGGACGCCGCGGCGUCUCGGGAAACCAAAGGGGCGGCGGGGGAAGUCUUCGAGGUGGCGGACUCUCUGCCCUCUAACAGUGAGUCGGCAGCGGUGCAGCCCGUGGUCGGCGCCAGCCAGAGAGUGAGGAUGAGGUCAGAGAAGAAGGACCUCGGGACGCUAGGCUACGUGCUGGGAAUCGCUAUGACGGUGGUCAUCGUGGUCAUUGGUGCUGGCAUCGUCUUGGGCUAUGUCUACAAGAGGGGGAAGGACUUCAAAGAGCAUCGUGAACAGAAAACCUACGAGCGGGAGAUGCAGCGCAUCACCUUGCCCUUGUCUGCCUUUGCAAACCCUGCGUGCGAGAUCGUGGAUGAGAAAACGAUUGUGAUUCACACGCACCGGACUCCUGGGGAGGAGACAAGGGACGGUAGUGCUCCCCUCAUGGGCCAGGCUGGCACGCCUGGGGCCUGAGCUGGUGGCCAGUGGGUAAAGUCCACACUGACACUGCUGUCCCCCUGCCCCCAAGAGCAGGGGAUGGCCCUGGUCUUCUGUCAUGGUGUUUUGGGGUGAAUUCCGGAGACAGAGGACUCGACCAAGGGCCCUGCUUCUCUGGCAGGGUCAUCCACUUGCUCCUUUUCCAUCCCUUAGGGCAGGACUUUGCCCAUGGGUGCUGGAGGGGUGCUGUCUGCAGGGCUCCCACAGAACUCCGGCAGGGGACAGGGUGGCCUCUGUCCUUUGGGCACGGACAGAGACCAGUCUCACCUCUUCCCUUUGUGCUCCAGAAUUCCACACGGCCUUGGCUUCCUCCCUGUCCCCACCUCUCGGGGUGUGAAUGGCACAUAUAGACUGUUACCUUCGUAUUUCAGGGAAAAUAGGAACUUCACAUCAGGGUGAGUUGGCGAGUUGAGGCGAUUUGGAAGGUGGCCUCCCUGUUGUGUUUGUGGCCUAGGGGCCGAUAGCCCAGUUCACGCACUUAGAGACACGGGCUAGGAGAGCUAGGAAUGGAGGCGUCAGGACCAUUCGGGGAACCGCGGCCCAGGGCCAAAAGGAAAAGGAAGAGAAGAGAGUGGAUGGCACAUUCCAUAGACCGAGGGCUGGGCGCGGGUGCCCAGAAGCUCUGACCAAGAUGACGUAGGAGACAAUGACGGCAUUUUAGGAUUCACAGUUGUCCAAGGCACCAGAGACGCAGGCAGUAAAGAAUCCCCAUGGCUGGAUCUUCUCAAUGCCCCCCCCGGAGGUUACUGCAGAGGGGCCAGAGAAACGUAGGGGAAACGUAGACAGGGGCUUACCAGCCCCUGCCCCCCCACCUCUGAAGUCCACAGCUGGGCCGGAUGGUAGCCGAGAGACGGCCGCUCACAUGGGGUGUCAGACCUCCAAUCACUCCUCCAACUCUUUCACUGCUCCUCAUAAGGCCUUAGGAGAGAGGGAGGGGCUUCACAAAACCUGCCCCUGCUCCUCAGCCCCUAAAUCCAAGCAGCUCCAGGGGUGUGUGUGUGUCAGAGCGUGUGCAUGUGUCAGCCUGUGUGCGUGCGUGUCGGCCUGUGUGCGUGCAUAAGCCUGUGUGCGUAAGCCUGUGUGCGUGCGUGUCGGCCUGUGUGUGUGCGUGUGCAUCAGCCUGUGUGCGUGCGUGUCAGCCUGUGUGCGUGUGCAUCAGCCUGUGUGCAUGUGUGUCAGUCUGUGUGCGUGCAUGUCAGUCUGUGUGCCUGCACCAGCCCUGGAGCAGGGGGCGGAAGAGCUGACCCUUGGCAUCCCACCCUCUACCUGGCUUGCAUGUGCACUGCACACAAGGGAUGUCUCUGUGUUAGUGCUACUUUUUUUAACCAUUUCUCUGUGCGUUUUAUAUACCUCAUUCUAACACCUGCCCACGUGGGCAGGAAGCCACUCUGGAUUCAACUUGGUAAAAACACAUUAAACAGGACAAAAGUU